UUUUGGGUGACACAACCCAGAAACACACAUCAAACACGCUGCUGCCAUGGGAGGAACUUCAACUGCGGAGAGGUCUUUCAAACACCCCUAGCAAUGAAGUUAAAAAACAACUAUUGAAAGAUGUCUCCUAUCCCUCUCCUGGCCCUCCUGCUCUGCUGCACUUCCAGAGCAGGAGGAGCUAAGAUGAAGCUGCAGCCAGAGAAGCUCACAGGCCUACAAGGUGAGGAGGCCCGCUUCACCUGUACCACCGAUGAACCAAAGUGGGGCGCUAUGAUUUGGCAGCUGAGGGGGAAGACGGUGCUGACCAUCAUCCAGCAGUCCGGCCCCGUGUCCUCUGGAAACCCCAACAUCACCGCUGUGAAGGUGGAAGGAGGCUGGAGUCUGGUCCUGAAGAACACACAGAGGGAGUACGAGGGAGUGGUGACCUGUGACCUCCAGGAAGUAAGCAAGAGGACGGCCUACCUCUAUGUGCAAGAAAAGGGCAAAGUGAGGAUCUUGGGGCAGUCGAGAAUGGCUUUCAAAGAUCAGACUGUGGAGUUUGAAUGUCAGGCAGCAGGAUGGUCCCCUCUGCCCACACUGCACUGGAACCUCAACGGUCGACAGGUGAACACUGCUGAUUAUAACCUGAGUUCGGAGCAGACCGGACAGGGCCAGUUCUCUGUCAGCAGUAACCUCAGUGUGAGAGCUUCCUCCAGCUGUGACGUUCACUGUCUGGUGUCUGUGUCGGCCAUGACAGUGCCACUCAACAGCACCGUCCGCCUCACUGUGGUCGCAGAGGUCUUGGAGGACGGCGACUCCAAUGUUGCCGUGGUGCUACUGGGCUCUCUCACCGCCCUGCUGUCUCUUGCCCUGAUCUGCAUCGCCACCGUCCUCUGCCUCAGACGAAGGGAAAGAACAGAAUCGGGCCUGGAGCAAGCCAUAAGGUUCGGCCAAUCAGAAAACGGGAGGAUCUCGGUUGCUGGGGUGACACAUGGGAAGGUCAACCUGGGAUAUUCUAAUGACAGAGAUACCUUCUAUAAUGACCUCAUUAUAGGACCUCCCAUCCCAAUUACCACCUUCAACUCUCAUGAUAAGGUUCCUGAUCUAGUCUCUUCAAGCAGCCAGUCCUUCCAGAGUGACACCCUGAGCCAGCACAGCACCCAGCAAAUCCGCAGCAUCACAACAGUCUGAUGAGUCCCAUACGCCUAACCAUAUUUUAUAUUAUUCAAAUCUAUAUGAUAUUAUUUCAUAGCUGCUACUGUAUUGUGUUCAAAGGUCCUAUAUUACACAAAAUUGACUCCUGUGAGCUUUAAGCCAUGUUAGGACGCUGUAUCGUCAUCAGAACAUACCCAGAGUGUUUUGAUUUAUUCACACUUGUUAAAAUAAUCUGGGUUUAUUAGUGGGUCUACAUCUCCAAAGUUCAAAAUGCCCUGAUCCACUUUGUGAGGUCAAGUAGUGGUACCCAGGCUGGUGCCACCUAGUGCCUCCAUUCAAUUUUAUUUCUCUCCAGCGACUAGGUCAGGAAUUGAAAUACACAAGACGGUUCGCAAAACUGCAAGUUUGGGCACCAGCCAAUCAGCCAAGAGCCAUAUAUUCUGUGUUGACAACGAUUCGCGAGAUCGAGGAUUUAAAGCCGGAACAAAGAGAAUGUUUGGUGAAUUUUCUCAAGGGGAAAGAUGUUAUUGCCCUUCUUCCUAUGGGAUUUGGGAAAAGCUUAAUAUAGUUAGCCUCAUUAUCGGUGCAUUACAUACGUCACGACCAAAUAGCAGUGAUUGGUUAAAUUAAAAAUGUACCCAUCUACUUCUAAAUCUAAUGCUGCAAGGUCAGACAGUUUGUACAAAGUGAAAUGGACUGUUGAAUCAGGCUACAGUAGUAGUAGUUUUCAAGUUAACAACCACAUUUUACCUUUUGCCCAGUAGAGUUUGGCAAUUCCGGGGCUGAAAUUAUCCAAAUGAUUUUAGUGAAUGUGUAUGGAGUUUAAAAACACAGUGGAGCUCUUCCUGUAUUACCAAAUGACGUCACAAGGUGAAACAGAGUGUUUUCUAACAAAACACAACUCCAGGUAUGAUUGUGGUGAGGAAACAACAUUAUAACACAGAUCAGAAAAUUGCAUAAUAUGGGCCCUUUAAAAGCAUUCAGUCACUACUCAAAACUAAAUAUAUGGAUGUAGGUGUAUAGAUAUUGAUAUAUUGAAUGUGUUUUUUUAUAUGUUCUGCUUUAUUUUCACUGCAGGUGUAGAUUAAGUGUAGAGAUGUGGGAUUGGUCUGAUCUUUGUGGGCUCAGUGGGAGAUGAGAGCAUGUGGUGUGAGGUUCUGUCUACAGUAAACAGCCCACCUGGAGACACUUCAUUAUUGCACAGUCAAAGUGUGAGACGAGCAGGGGUGGAUGAAGUACUCGAUUUUGUUACUUAAAGGUACACUGUGUAACAUUUUGGUUGGGGGGUGUCAUUGCUCUGCCUGGAAUGUUCCACAAUAUGACAUUAAACAGCUCUACCUUACAUUUAUUCAAUUACAAGUGGUUUUAUAGCUCAAAAAUACCAAGAAAAACAACAUUCUGACUGUGAGAAGGGUUGCCACUCUACAGAUCUGACCUGUAACUUGGUCUGGUUUGGUCUCUAUGAUGAUAGAAAUGCCAUACUGUGAAACAUUCCAGAUAAAGCAGUAACAUCUGGAGAAAAGCAUUUGACGGAGCCUCCACCAGAAAAGUUACACAAUGCACCUUUAAGCUCGACAGUGACUAAUCAGCAAACGCGGUAACCAAUAACUAUACAAGUAAAUUAGUGGCUGAUUAUUAAGCUGCUAAGUAGGAUCUCAAUCAACUAAACUAAACUGCAUUUUCAUUCAAACCAAUAUUUCUCAAAAUUUACGCUAUGCACCUUU